GUUGGUUCGGUCGAGCCGUUACGUGCGGAGAGCCAUGUAGGAAAACGUGUCGGCUUCUGCACCCGUUAUGGGACCGCGCGUUUCCGAGGGCCAGCGGGAGACGGUGCUCGCUUUUAUGGAGCCGCAUCUCCAGCUGGCUUUAAGAUCCAGCGAGCUGGGGCCGGGCUUCAGCCUUGUCGACCGACGACGGCUGUGGCAGCAGCUGGCCGACGUGCUGAACGCGGAAGGGCCCUUUGUGAAAACGGUCGACCAGUGGAGGAAGCAGCAGGUCUACGAGGCCCGCCGCGAUGCUACCGCUAUAGCCCAAGAGCAAAUAAGCACUGGAGGGGGUCGCGCACCCGGCUUCCGGGGCCGAGUGCUCCAGCUGACGGGCGCGGUCCGCUUCCGUGGCGUCACCGACCUCCCCUACCAAGAGGUGCUGCGAAGGAUCGAACAAUCCACCACCCGGCUCGCCAUCGCGGCAGAGAGGACGGCAGCGGCUCAGGAGGGCAUACUGGAGAAGGUGCGCUCCCUGGCGCUAGUCGUAGCUGGCCACCUGCAACAAGAAAGGAGGAAUUAAUUUAUUGUUUAUUUUCACCCUUUCAAUUUCAUUUUAGUCAUUUAUUGUUUUAUGAGUUCAAUUUAUCUUGUUUAUUUAUUGUUCUUUGAGUUUUAUAUCUUCACUUUCAUUUUAAGCACUUAUUGUUGCUUCAUUUUGAGUUUUAGUGUUUAAGUUUCAUUGUUGCCUUGUAUGAGUAAUGCAGGAGGAUUUUUUGGACGAAAGGUGUAAUGCGUGCACACAUUUUUGUAUCGUAGUAUUUUCCUCUUUCUAUUUAUACUAAUCCAGCUGCAACGCCAGCGUGCUUUCUUUUAUUUACACAUUUCGAAGAGACUGGAAUCAUUACAAGUAGUUGUCGAUUUCUGUGUAUGGGUUUUGUACUGUGAUAUUUAUAUUGCUUCACUAUGUUUUGUAGCUUACUGCACUCAUUAUGAAGCGUUACCGCAUAGUGUUUGCACUGUGAUAUUUUCAUUUCGGCACAGUGAUGCUAAGGUACAACUACAAUGUGGUCUUCUUUCAGAGCACCAAACUAGUCACUCUUCAAGUUGCAUAGUUUCACAAAUGAAAAUGGCCAUCAUCAUUGCACCACACCGGUGAUUGGUUUCCUCUAGUUUUCGUUCCAAGUGAGCAAGAAUAAGUUUUAAGUGUGACAUGUUCUGGGUGCUGCGAGAUUGCAGAGCUAAUUAUUCAUGUUGUAUGUAAUUUAUGUUUCAUCACAGCUGGCAAGUGCACUCACCUUUCUACAAUUAUGA